AUGGGCUCGCAAGAUGAGAUCCGGCGGCUGAUGAAGGAGGCCAAGCAGAAGCCCAGGGGCGCUGCUCCAGCGAUCCCCGCCGGCUUCUUCGACGACUCGCUGGCCGACGCCAAGGCGCGCAACGUGGACGUGCAGCAGCUGGCGGACAAGCAGCUCGAGUCCGACUGGGAGGCGUUCCAGGAGUUCGCGGCGGAGGUGGAGCAGCAGUCGGCCAAGGAGGAGCGGCAGCAGGUGGAGGACGCCAAGGAGCGCGAGGCCGUCGAGCAGCUCGACAACAUGCAGUACGUGGACAGGUACCGCGUGGCGCUGGAGCGCGCGACCAGCCUCCGCAAUAGAGAGAACAAGAAGAAGGACUUCAAUAAGGCAGAGAAGAGGAAGCUGCGGGAGGAUGCUGAUGGCGACAACUCGGUGGGAAAUCACGACGCGGCAGAAGGCGCCGGAGCUGUCGAAACGGCAGUGAGCGAGUUCAAGAAGAAGCACAAGAAGGCCAAGAGGCAGCAACACUCGGACAGUGAAGACUCGGACGACUUCGACCCGUGCAACUGGAGGUCUCGAGCCAUCUAG